CUGAAAAGAAUGAUAAUUAAGAAAUAAAUAGAAGAAUCAACUGAUUAUUUAUUGUUUUCAUUAAGAAAAAAAAAAUGGAAGGUGGUAAAAAAGAGUUCGAUUUUUUGUUUAGAUUCUGUCGUUAUAGUCUGUCAUGGUUUGGGGCGUGGCCAGAGCAAAAAAAUAAACUAAAAUCAACAAUCUCGAUUAUGAUUCCUAAUAUAUUUAUGUCAAGUGUUAUUAUUAUACCACAAGGAAUUAGGAUGUAUCAAGUUCGACAUGAUAUCGAUCUAUUGAGUCAAAUUAUUUCUACUGUAGAAUUACCAGUUGCCCUCGCUAUGUCAAAAAUGAACGUAUUUUAUUUUAAUAGAAAAAACAUUACGCUUCUCUAUGACCACAUGGCUAAAUAUUGGGAAAACCAUAAAAGUAAUAUAGAAUUAGAAAUAAUGAGAAAAAAAGGUGUCAUGGGUUUAAGAAUGGCAUAUAUAUGUUUGGGCAUGGGACAUGCAACCAUGGUCGCUCGUUUCACUCAAUGUGUAUUUGAAAAUUUAUCUAGUUGGAGUAGUCCAGAGCGCUACUGUAAUUAUUCAUUAUUUGUUGACGCCUAUUAUCCAUUUACUUGGAAUUAUACUCCGCGUUUUGAAUCAGUAGCCUGGACUCAAAUAACGGCUAUAUAUUUUGCAAUGGUUGCCUAUUCUGGUAGUGACAGUUAUUAUAGUCAAACUGUUUUUCAUCUUUGUGCAGAAUAUAAUAUUCUACGCGUAAAACUCACGGAUCUUGUCAAUAAUUAUAAAGUUUCAAAUAUUAGUAAUAAUGAAUUCUAUAAAACACUUGGCUACAUCGUUGAAAAUCACGUAGAAAUAAAUAUUUGUAUCGAACACUUAGAAAGCGCUUUCUGUGCGGUGUUUCUAAUCCAAUUGGUUUCUUUAACUGUUCAAUUUUGUUUGCAGGGAUUUAUGCUUGUUUUGAUAAUUUGGGAAUACUUUGGGAAAUCCCAGUUGGGGCCAGGUUGGGUUGACCCAAACUUUGCCCAAUAUUUAACGGAGGGGCAUAAUUCGAUAAUAAUAGAUGUCAUGUUUAUAAUAUGUUUUCUUAUAUAUAUGGUUGGCAAUUUUUAUAUUUACUGUUAUUUGGGUGAACAGCUUCAAAUGGAAAGUUUUGCUUUUGCACAAACGGCUUUUGAUUGUGAGUGGUACAAUUUGCCACCUUCAAAAAUGAGAUCUAUGGUUUUCUUAAUAAUGAGUGGUCGUAAACCAACGGAACUGACAGCUGGUAAAUUUUGUGUUCUCAAUUUGAUUCUGUUUGCCAGCAUUAUAAAAACAUCUAUGGGAUAUCUGUCUUUUUUGGUAACUAUGAGAGCAGCAUAAUUAGAAAAAUGUUUGGUAUUAUCAAUAAAAAUUUUGUUGUUCUACUAAAAUUUGUACUUGAUAUAGAAGCAACAAAACCGUUUAGUUGACCCGAAGAAAGUUUUCAUUAACCUUUAAACUGCUAGGUGCUAAAAAAAAUUUACGCUUAGUGCUUUUAGUUUAGUUACUUUUUUGUUUUUCUGAUGAUCUUAAGGUGGUAUUACAGUUUUUAAGCAGUAAAAAAUGCGUUCAAACUAAAUUUUUUUUCUCGUUAAUUACUUUAUUUUAAGGGUUCAUACCACUUUGUCAACUUCAAAAAAUCGAUUUUUUUUACGGAUUUCGAAAGAAGGACAUUCCAGGAAUGUUGUGUAAAAAUUGCAGAAAGAUCUGAGCAGUGUAAAUAUAUUUUUUACGAUUUUAUUUGAGAGCGUACAUUGGCGCGCCUGUUACUCAUACGAAACUUUAAAUUCGUUUUUCUCAAAACAACAUUUUUCCAUACCGCGGGAUGUUUUUCUCGGAAACUACUGGACCGAUUCUCAAAAUUUUUUUUACGAAAAUCUUCGUCACAUAAGUGGGUAUCGCCGGAACUAGAAUUAUGAAAAAAUAUUCAUUUUUACUAUUUUUUUAAACCCUAAAACUGCCAAAAAAAACCUUAAUUUUCGAAAAAAAAAUUUUAAAUUGCCGCCAUUUUGUUAUUUUUGCAUGAAAAUAAAAAAUUCUAGUUCGGGCGAUAGGUGCAGUCCUACUGAAGAUAAAUCAACUUGAAUUUUGUGUUUUAGAUUUUUCUAACCUGAGAAAUCAAUCCCGCAGCUGGCAUCGGUAUUUUUAGCAGGUCUAAAAUUAUUGUUAAAUUAUAUAUAAACAAAUAAUAUUUUUUGAAUAAAAUGAGGUUUUUUAUAAAGUUAAAGAGUGUAUUUAUUAAACUAAAAAAAAAUGUAGAUCAAUAUAAUCCUUAGGAAUCGUAAAAAAAAUUAUAGAAAUUAGCUUCAUUUUCAAGCGUGUAAAGUGGUAUGAACCCUUAAGGAAAGAAACCUUUUGUAAAAUAUUAAAAACGAAUAGUUCUUCAAGAAAAAAUAAAAAAAAUUUUUUAUUGGAUCUCUCUGGUCACCCGAGGGCACUGAAAACAUGGUCAAAAAAAAAAAAAUUUGGUCAAUCGGCGGACAAGCUGCAGCCUCUCAGGGGCAUCGGAUUUAAAAAAAAAGUAUUUUGAACCUGAGACAUGUGGUUAAAAAAAAAUUAAAAAUCAUCGUUUCGAGAAAAACGCGUUUAAACUUUUAACUCCCAAAUGUACAAAUUUUCAUCAAAGUUUGGCGCAAUAUUUUCGCAAUUAAACUACGUAUGUAAAAAAAAUUCUACAAUUGACAUUUCUUAUGUGCCGAAAAUCGCUCUUUCGAAUGGCACAUAAGAAAAUUUUGUAAAUUUUUAUCUAAACAAAUUGUACUUGUUUUUUAAAAUAAAAAACGCAAAACUAGCGCUGUGCGCAUAAAUAUUACAUUUUGUUAUGUAUAACUUUUUUAUUUUGUCGAAUUUUGAUUUAAUAUUUUGAGAUUAUAUUUCCAAGAUGAUUUUGAACAGGAAAAUGCAAAAAAAAAAAAAAACGAUCUUUUUGACGGUAUAAACUGCAAUACUACCUUAAAUGAUGUAAUGACAACUGUCGUUUAUAUUUUUUAUUUUUUUUACAUUAAAAAGUCUAUUUCAUUAUUUUAUUUAUAAAUAAUUGAAGUAUUUACAUGAUGUUUACAUGUUGACAGAAUCACGAAAACGUUAAAACAAAAAUUAUAGGUUAUGAUGACUGACAAAACUAGUUGCGCACGAAGAUGCGCAGAAGUUACUAAUACAAGAAUUUAUUACGGCUAAUGUUGGUAUCACAGACCACUAUAUACAACAUUUUCAUUGAUAUUAUAUGUCAUAAAAUAUGAAUAGCUACUGAAAAGCUGAAGUUUCUAUUGUUAUUUAAAAAAAAAAGUAAUAAACGAAAAAUGUUUAGAUAGCGGUCUGAGAGACCGCCAUGGCAGUCUAAAGGUUAAAUCAGUUUUAUCUUUCAAAUCAAUUUUUUUGAUUAGCAAAAUUUUUUUGUUUUUUAAUAACCUAAUUGUUUGGAUGUCUGCACAAAUAGUGCUUAAAAAAAUAAUUUUAUCAUUACAUAUUAAUUAUGAGUAAGAAUUUAAUUUGUUUUUAGUACAAUUUUCAAGUUUUGUUUUGAUUGUUGUUUUAUUCAAUAUUAUACCAUAUUAUAAUUUUAUAAUUCGAUAAAAUGUACAACAAUACUAUAUUUAAUUUAUCAUUAUAAAUAACUACCUACAUGUAGGGGGGAAGCGAGUAAAACGGCUAUGAUAAAAAAAAUUGGAAAUUUUAAUGUAAAGAUAAAUUUUUAUGGGGCGUUAAAGAGAGUGAGUCACUUUUUGAUUUUUGAGGUUAUGAGAGAGAUUUACAAGAGAAUGCAAUUCUUAUGUAUACACAAAGGUAUAGUUGUUAAUGUUGAACUGCUUAAUGAUUUCUUUUUUUUCGACAAGAAUAAAUAACAUUGCUAUUUUUAUAAUAAUGAAACAUUUUCAAAAAGUUGCGCCGUUUUACUCGCCUCUCCCCUAAUUGAAAAUCAGCGUGUUAAAAUCAAAGAUUUUUUUUUAUUAUAUAUAGUGUGUGAAAAAAUUUGUAACGCUACACUUUUUUUGAAAGCUUAUGUUAUUUUUCUUGUUAUCUCAAUGCAUUGACAAUUUUUAUUGUCUUGUCAAUCUUUUAAUUCACUUUUCUAAUAUUUUCUUAUAAUUUUUAUUUUUUUCAUUGUAAUAUAAAAAUAAUGUAUUAAUAUCUAUAACUUUCUUUAUA